GAUUGUGUCUGUUAUUCCUUGUUACCUGGCUUCGUUCCUGCCUGGUGGUCCGCCCACAACAUGGGGGUGUUCUAUGAAGGGGGGCUACACAGCGCUCCACCUGGCUUCUAUACAUGGUCAUCUCCACGUCAUUCAGCUCCUAAUCAACAACUACAAUGCCUCCAUGUGUCUUCAGAUGCUAAGACCAACAUCCGAGACUACCAUGGCAAGAUGGCUGCCCACUAUUGGAGUGGCAGCACCGAUGUCUUUAAUAAACCAGGGUCCCAGUCAGGUGGUAAGGGGUCCAGAGGACGUAGGAUGCAGCAUUACGUCCUACCUUCUCUCCUCCUCUCCCGCUCCAGAAGCCAGGAACAAAUCAAGCUUGAGUUCGGAACUGUGCCACUUGGCCAGCCACGCUCACCUUUGUGACAAUCCACCUUCACAGUUUACGUUAUGUUUAGCUUUUUUUAGACCAAUUUGAUUGUUAUACAAAGAAAGACCUCUGAUUGUUUGUCCACCAUGUUGUGAUGUGAAAUCAAUGUAGUUAAGUAAUGUUGUAGUACGUCUUGUUUUCUCUAAUUCACAUGCAGACAGCUGGAUGCUGACUCUUCGUGAUUAUAGUGCUGAAUAGUUCUCGGCGUUUGUUGUGUCUGUGAUGUAGCAUUUUAACUUAUUAAAGUAUUCCCAGGACACCUACCUAGUGCUUUGCUUUGAUUCAGAGAUUAUAAAAAGCUUUGUUUCUCUGAUUUUCUCAGGAUUAUAAACGGCAACACUAAUUGGAUGUUUGGUUGUGUGUGGGUCUCCACUUUUCCUUCAUCUCCUCGGAUCUCAUAUUAGGCAGA